AUGGCUUUUGUUCCAGCCUCGCAAACCAGUGCUGCAGAGCGUGAUGUUUUCAUUAACCACGGUGGCGCCUACUGGCUCAACCCUGUGCCGGGUGGCACGUUCCGCUCCCGGAGCGCAUGCACCUCCAUGAAACCAUCCGACACCAUUGACCCCUUUGGCAAUCCGAAGCGGCCCGACAUGCCCGACUUGUUCGGCAAGUCGCGCUACAGCACCGCCAACAGAGGGCCGCAUGGCAUGCAGCAGGGCACAGGGGGAAAAUACGCACACGGAGAGGGCGCCGCUGGAAUUGCCGAAAGCGGAGACUACAGUGGCCGCAACGGGGCCAUGGCCAGUGCGGCGCAAGGCGCAGGUGGCGCGGGGAAUGCUAGUGGUGAUAGCGGCAAUAUGCAGGGCGGCAGUGCUGCACAUGCAGCCGUUGCAGAUGGUGCAAUGUAUGCUACUGGGGGCAGCGGUGGUUCUAACGGUCAGUCUGCUUCCUAUUCCCCAGCGCUCAACGACACACAUGGUGACGCUGUCUCGGAUUUUAACGGCAGCAAGGUACCGUAUUCAGCGGAGGAACUUAUCCGUGAGGGACUUCCGCUUGAUACUGCGAACCCUGAGCGUCGCAUUCUUCAUCCAGGCAACCACACGGAGCGCAUUCCCCCGACGGGUGGAUCAGAGUACAAUGGUACCGUCACUGAGCCGUGGGCGGCACCCAAGGCGGUGGACAACACGUACCUGCGCAUGGCCCCACUAUACGAGAGCACAACACACUACCAGCUGCGUACCGGACGCCACUACACGGAGGAUGAGGCACCGCCGCACGGAAUGACAUUGCCAUUAAAGAGUUCCCUCAUCAAGCGGGAGUGGUAG